GGGUUCCUUUUCCUGGUCGCAGUAUUCUGCAAUGGCGGCCGCGGCGCGGUUAUUGCUCGGGAGUGCGGCUCUUAAAGCCUCUAUUUCUGAUGUGUGCACAGGUGUGUACAAUAAUAGUGCAGGAAUUUCACUCCUCAGAGUCUCAGCGAGCUGCUCGUUGAGGCUGAAGACACAAAAAAGACAUGCGGCUCACUUCACCUUUUACUCUGACCCUGUUUCUGCGAAAUACGGCCCCACAACAAAGAUGAACCUGUUCCAGUCCAUAACAAGUGCCUUGGACGUCACGUUGGCCAGUGAUCCCACAGCAGUAAUUUUCGGGGAAGAUGUAGCCUUUGGUGGUGUCUUUCGAUGCACAGUUGGCCUGAGGGACAAAUAUGGCAAAGACAGAGUUUUUAACACGCCACUAUGUGAGCAAGGAAUUGUGGGAUUUGGCAUAGGAGUAGCUGCUGCAGGAGCCAUAGCCAUUGCUGAAAUUCAGUUUGCUGAUUACAUUUUUCCUGCUUUUGACCAGAUUGUAAACGAAGCUGCCAAGUACCGGUACCGUUCAGGGAAUCAUUUUGACUGUGGGAAACUGACCAUCCGAGCACCGUGGGGCUGUGUGGGCCAUGGUUCCCUCUACCACUCCCAGAGUCCUGAGGCCUUCUUUGUUCACUGUGCUGGCCUUAAGGUGGUUGUGCCAAGAGGUCCAGUCCAAGCUAAAGGGCUGCUCCUUUCCUGCAUUGCUGAUGAGAAUCCCUGUAUCUUCUUUGAGCCCAAGAUCCUUUACAGAGCAGCAGUGGAGCAAGUACCGACCGAAGCAUACCAUAUCCCUCUUUCUCAGGCUGAUAUUGUGCAGGAGGGAAGUGACCUCACCAUGGUUGCCUGGGGAACACAGGUUCAUGUACUGAGGGAAGUUGCUAACAUGGCACAGGAAAAGCUUGGUUUGUCUUGUGAGGUUAUUGACCUUCAGACAAUUUUGCCAUGGGAUAUAGAGACCGUAUGCAAGUCGGUGGUGAAGACAGGGCGGCUGUUGAUCAGUCAUGAGGCCCCAGUGACUGGAGGCUUUGCUGCUGAGAUCUGCACAACAGUUCAGGAGGAAUGUUUCCUAAACCUGGAGGCACCCAUCACCAGGGUUUGUGGAUAUGAUACACCUUUCUCUCACAUUUUCGAGCCCUUCUAUAUCCCGGACAAAUGGAAAUGUUUUGAUGCUGUCAAACGAAUGAUCAAUUACUAGAAUUUGGAAACAAUGAACUCCUCACAGAUGUGGUUGCUACUCUUGUUGACUAAAAGACAACUCAUGAGGAUGGAUGAACACCAACUAAAUCUUCAGAACUUCAGUGGUCAACGAUGUGGAACAAUAUUCAUGAACACUAAAAUGCAGAUAACUAGUAUAUGCCCUUGAAUUACAUUUGGUGGCUGAAUGUUUCCCUUUUUUGCUGUUACAUUGUGAUUACCUAUGUUUAGUCUUUGUCACACUGAAUUCUGGGUGUUUUGGUUUCCUAACAAAUUAAAGACAUUGAACAUACUGUUAGACAGUGUUAGAAACUUCCCAUUUAUUCCACCAGUAUUGGUGUGUUUUUGCUUUAAAACCUUCAUCAGCCUAACUGUUUAUUAUAGCAUCUUAACUGUUUAGAUCAGGUGUUGCUAAAAGGCUGGAAACAUAAAUUGUAUCUCUGUUUUCUUAAUUCACUAACAUCAAAAUUGUCACAUUGAUGGCACUGAAUUAGUUUUAAAUCCUGAGCAUUAAGAAUAUCUGAGUGAAACCAAUUACAAUCCUGAUGGUAUAGGCACCCCAUUGGUUGACACUCAGUUUUUCUGCCAGAGUUACAGAUGUUUUAUCAAAUGUUAUAAAUAAAUUGGUCCACCCUGUAGAUUUA